CAUUCUAGCAUGGUGGAUCUUUGAAUCUUUAAAUUGUUAUAUUAUUGUCAUUGUCAUAUUUCAUUUUUUAUUAAACAAUCAUCGAAGAUGUCUGCCACAAUUUGUCAUCUUUGUAAUAAAGGUGAAAUUGUUCACGACAAGAAAAUGUCCGCUAUGUUUUGUACCGGUUGUGGUGAAUGUUUUGAAUUGGGUGCUUUUACCGAUGAAAUACAAUAUCGUGAAGAUGAUCGUGGAAGAUAUUCAGCCGUUGGAUCCACUUAUAGUGUAGAAAAAGGAUUCGUCAACAGUAAAUUUUCAAGUCAUGGACAAUGUUUAGCAUCGGUGGAUAAUGCUAAAACCAUUCUACGACGAUAUUGUGACAAAUUAUAUAUUAGUGGAUCAUUUGCACAGAUAUCCAGUGGAUUUUAUCAUCAAUUAUUAAUUAAAAAAUAUAUGAAUGGCCGACGCUUGAAUAUUGUAUUGGCUGCAUGUCUAUAUAUUGCUGUUCGUACUGAAGGUGCUAAUGUGAUCCUAUUGGAUAUUAGCGAUGUUGCCGAAGCAAAUGUCUACGAUAUUGGUCGCUAUUAUUUUCAAAUUAUUCGUUUAUUGCGGUUUAAUAUAAAAUCAGUUGAUCCAAGUGAAUAUAUUGUCCGAUUCGUUGAUAUGCUCAAUCUUGGCGAUCGAACUUUAUUGCAGGUAAAGCGCUCAGCGUCAUCCAUUCGUGAAACGUCCAAUAGAAUCGUACAACGAAUGAAACGUGAUUGGAUUCAUUUUGGUCGUAGACCUUCUGGUGUAUGUGCAGCCGCUGUACUCGUCGCCGCCCGUAUCAAUAAUGUUCGAUGUUCUUUCAAAGACAUCAUAUCCAUAGCUAAAGUUUGUGAGUCAACCAUACGUAAACGUAUUAACGAAUUUGUUGAUACACCAUCAAGUUUAUUAACAUAUAAAGAAUUCAUGUCAAACGAUCAUUCUCUUACUGAAGAGGAAGAUCCUCCUGCAUUCAAAUUAUCCGCAACCCUAAAGGAUGAUAUCGAAGCUAAUCUGAAAAAAGCGGAAAAAUAUCAGGAUAUUAUCGAAGAACAUUUAAAAGAAUCCAGAGUAAAAUUACGUGGAAUGUAUGCCAAGUUCCUGAAAGAUAUAUUCACAUUUCAAGAUGAUGGAGAUAAACUCAAAGAUGAUGAAACUUCAAUUAUUAAAGAAACAAUUAUUGAUCAUAAUAUCUUAUCAAUCGAUGGUAAUAUAACGAAAAUGACUCAAGAAAUGCAUUUUGAAGAUCAUGGUAAUCCAUCAAAUGAAGAGAUUGAAUAUUGGGCCAAUCUUAGGCCUUCAGCCGAAAGUCUUGGCCUAUUGAGACGUGAAACAAUUAGAGAGGAAACGAAUAAUUAUCAAGAUCUAUUAGAAAAAGGUCUUGAUGAAGAUAUUGAUGAUGAUGAAAUAAAUGCCUAUAUUAUUGAUGAUCAAACAGAAAUUGGUCAGCGACAAAUGGAAUGGACAAUAUUGAAUCGAGAAUUUUUGGAAAAAGAAGCCCAAGAAUUAUUAAAAAGAAAACAGCAAGAAACACAAGAGGAUAAUGAAAAAGAACAAAAUGGCAAAACAAAGAAAAAACGACGGAAAAUGGACAAAGUUGAAACGUCAACAGCAACCAGUGCUAGUGAAGCUGUUAAAGCUGCUGCUAAAGCCAAAUCUAUCCAAUUAAAUUCAAAUCUUAAUCUCAAAGAAUUAUUCAAUGAAGAAUCGGAUCAAAGUUCUCAAUUCAAAACCGUGCACUAGUGACAUAACAGUUAUGCCGAAUCAUUCGAACACUAACGAAGUGGUUGAUUCUCAAUCUGAUAAGGAAGACACUGCACUUCUGGUAUCGU